AUGCCUUUUGACGACGACGACAGCCCACUGGCUGCAGGCCCGGUCCCCACAGACGGCGAAGGCGGCGCCGCGACGGUGGAGGAAGCGCUGGAGGAUGACAUGCCCGACUACAAGCUGUUCGCAGCAUCAUUUACGAAGAAGGGUGUCUCCAGCCAGACGAUCCGCAAGGGCGAAAAGGACUUUGAGACGCACGGGACCCGGGCUCAGGACGGCGCACUGGAGUCGAGCCGGAGGGCGCUCGAGGACGUGCUCAGCUACACGAGGAUACACCGAGGCGAUGCCUGGGCCCGGGGCUGGUGCUUUCCGGAUUUCUGGACGGACGAGGCGAACGUUGCGGUGGACUACGAGGGCAUGUGGCUCAAGGACCGGGUGGUGGUGAUGGAGCAUGAGAAGGGGGGCUGGAUGAAGGAUAUCGGACGAGUGGCUUCCGGGAGCAAGGACCAGCUUGGUGUGGGAAGGCUGUGGCUACUACCGGAAGAGGCCAUCUACCUUGUUGAGAGAGGCACCGUCGACCUGUGGUGGCCGUAUACCGACUUCGAAACCCUCUUGCCGAAGGGGAGCACCAGCGGGGCACCUCGGCCUGGGUUUGGGCCUGACGACUACGAUAUUGGAUUGCCGCUGAGUCUUGAAGCUGCAUAUUCGCUCUUCAUCGGCUUUGAGGAUGAACAAGGGAAGACGACACUGCCAAAGUACCAGGUCUACGCGCACCUGAAGCGAGCAGGCUUCAACAUCCUCCGAGCACCGCCAGAACCACCCAUACAAGAAGCCACAGAGCCGUCACAAACACUAUGGCAAUGGCUUUUCUCCUUUGUCAAGCCGGAGAUGUUACAAUUUGGGAAGCAGCGGCAGCAACCAUUCGGCCCGCUCGUCGCCCCGGGCCUGUACCGUGCCUACCGACCGAUAUACCAGCAGCUGGCCCUCAUUCCGCGACACAAGCCGCUGCCUGUGCCGCCGAGCGCAUCCAAGCCGGAGGAUCCUUUCCGGGUGCACUUCCACGUCUGGAAGCCCGGUGCGGGCGGCUUCUCCAAGAAGAAUCCUCCGCCCCCAGACUUUCGCAUCGCCGUGGCGGACACGGCAGAUUCGUGUCUUCCCACGCUGGAGCAAAUCGGAACGCUGCUCGAGUCGACGCCCUACGAUCCCGCGCCCGAGGCGUGGCGAGGAAACCCGGGCAAGCUGUACCAGCGGUUGAAGCACGGACACAGGAACGUCAUUGUGGCCGUGGUGGACAGGGGAUUGGUCAACUUUAUGAGGUUUGGGGAGGGCGCGUUUGGGGAGGAGCGGUUGUUUGAGAGGUUUGAUAAUCGCAACGCUGGGCGAGGUGGUGAGAAACAGGUCAAAGUGUAA